UUAAAGGGCGAGGCGGAGCUGAAGAUGCUCAGAGUUAAGUGGUGGUGGUCGGGCGAGGAGGAGGAGGAGUGUCUGCAGUGCGGCCCCGGCUCUGACAGCGCGCAACAGCCGGCUCCCGGAUCCGCUGCUGCUGGCCGCUCCUCCUGGGGAAGGGCCGGCCUGUCGUCCCCUCCCGGCGUCAGCCAUGAAUAUCGUCGCGGAGUUUUUCGUCGUGACUUUCAAAGUGCUCUGGGCUUUCGUGUUGGCCGCUGUCAGAUGGGUGAUCAAGCCCAAGGAGAAGAGCGUGUGCGAUCAGGUGUGCCUGAUUACGGGAGCGGGCAGCGGGCUCGGCAGGCUCUUCGCGCUGGAGUUCGCCCGGAGGAAAGCCACCCUGGUGCUAUGGGACAUCAACCAGGAGAGCAACGAGGAGACGGCCGAGAAGGUCCGGCAGCUGGGCGUGCGGGUCCACACUUACACUUGCGACGUGAGCAAAAGGGGUAGCGUCUACAGGACUGCCGACUUGGUGCGGAGGGAGAUCGGCGACGUGACGGUGCUGGUCAAUAACGCAGGUGUAGUGUCCGGGCACCAUCUUCUUGAAUGUCCCGAUGAACUUAUCGAGAGGACCAUGAUGGUCAACUGCCAUGCACACUUCUGGACCACCAAGGCAUUUCUUCCCAAGAUGCUGGAAAUGAAUCAUGGACAUAUUGUAACAGUUGCAAGCUCCUUAGGAUUGUUCAGCACUGCUGGUAUUGAGGAUUACUGUGCAAGCAAAUUUGGAGUAAUAGGAUUUCAUGAAUCCUUAAGCCACGAGUUGAAGGCAACUGACAAAGAUGGGAUCAAGAUGACACUAGUUUGCCCCUAUUUGGUGGACACCGGUAUGUUCCGUGGUUGCAGAAUAAGAAAAGAAUUUGAGCCCUUUCUUCCACCUUUGAAACCGGAGUACUGUGUGAAAGAAGCUAUGAGAGCCAUACUCACAGACCAACCAAUGAUUUGUACACCUCGACUAAUGUAUUCUGUAACAUUUAUGAAGAGCAUUAUGCCAUGGGAAGCAGUCGUAUGCAUGUACCGUUUUUUGGGUGCAGACAAGUGCAUGUAUCCAUUUAUUGCGGAGAGGAAACAGGCUUUGAACAACAAUGAGGCCAAAAACGAAAUCUAAAGCAAAACUGAUCACUGCAUCCAUUGGGACCCCUUCCAAGUGAAUGCAAUAUUUAGCUUACCAUCUCCACACAACUCAGAAUGACAAACAUUUGCAGUGAUUGGUUGGUUGAACUUAAUGCAAAUGGCUGUGAAACUUCAGCUUCCAUGAUCACUGUGGAUAAAAUGGUUACUGUACCUGUGUAUUAAAUCAAAAUAAAUGUAUUAUGCAUUAUGCCAAUCUUUUUAACUUUUCUAGUGAUUAGACUUGUACAUGUUAAUGUCAACUGAGAAAAGCAAGGUUUUGAUAAUUUUAACAUUUUACCUUACUCAUCAAUGCCAUUGUGUUUGUUGAUAGAGCUGUAUUGUACAUUGUGUUGAACUAGAGAUUGGAUUAAAAAAUACUUUAGAAUAUUCCACUUAUAACUUUUUAAAUAGUAAAUGCACUGUACUUAUUGACAACUUGGUUCAUCUAAGUACUUCUGUAAAUCCUUGAUUAUACCAAUUAUAACAUUAUUACUUGUAAAGCAUUGCAAAUAUCUCCCAAUUAAUCUUGCAGAACAAAUGUGCUCCUGUUCAGCACUAGGAACACUUUUUUAGGAAAAUCUUAUUGGUGUGCCUUUUUAAAUCCAGUUUAAUUAUUGUCCUAAUUUCUGUGGAUUAGUGGUCCAUUUUUUUAAAGACCUGAAAUUUCUACCUCCUUUGUAUAUCUAUUUGUAGAACGCCUAAAAUAAUGUCUUUGUGAAUCUUGUGUCACUACUUUUAUAUGAAGACCAAUGUCUGUAGUUUUUUUGGUAAUGUAGCUAAUUGUAAAAGUUUUUAAUUAAAAUGUGAUUAUUAGAUGCAUAAAUAUUGAAAUUUUGUGGUGCUUGAUAAUUGAGAAAUUGAGUCUCAUGAUCAAUACACAUCAGUUGGGUGAUGUACGGCUUCAUUAGUUGGUUAUCUUUCCCUCAUCUUCAACGAAAUGGUUCUUAAAAGAACUUUGGUGCCCAAAUACCCAGGGACCUUGUCUAUGAAAUCAGACAUCCUAAAAUCCAACACACCUUGGAAGAACUUGAAGUGUCCGAAUUUUCCUUUUUUUUAAAAAAAAAGGACUUGUGAAUGAGUUACAAACAUGAGGAAAAUCUACAGAUGCUGGAAAUCCAAGUAACACACAAAAUGCUGGAGGAACUCGGCGUGCCAGGCAGCAUCUGUGGAAAAGAGUAAACAGUCAACAUUCUGGCUGAGUCCGAAACAUGGACUGUUUAUUCAUUUCCGUAGAUGCUGCCUGGCCUCCUGAGUUCCUUCAGCAUUUUGUGCUGUGCAUAAGUUAGUUUUAUCAUAUGGUUUUUUUUACACUGCAAAUUUUCUUUACCAAUUUUUUCUCAUUUUGUGAUCCAACACAGAUUUUUUCCAUGUUAUAUAUGUGAUAAAUCCUUGUGUAGAUUACUCUUUGCUACUGUCACUGUUAUAGAGGAAUUUUUUGUCAUUUGUGAUAUUGCCAAGACAACAUUGGUGAAUUUGAGAAUUUGUUGCUUAUUUGUACUUAGAUGGUAUAC